UGUAAACCGUGAUGGAGAAUCGGCUGGCAUUCCUAUUUGUAUUGCGAUAUUGAGCCUUAUUUUGAAUAAAUUUAUUUAUUUUUAAAUUAUUUUUAUUUUUGUUAUUUUUUGGGGGAGGGGAAUACCUAAUUCUGAAUUUUAAGACAUUGCUGCCACAGGCAUUAUCUCUUCCACGGGGCGUUUGUCAAGGAUAGGAGGAUUAACAUAAAAAAUCGAAGCCGCCGUUGGGAUGGGGAAGAGGAGGAUUUUACUACCCCGGGAGAUGGAUAAAGAGUUUGAAGGGUUGAAAAAAGGAAGAAAAGAGAAGAAUGAUUGCAGUGUAUGCGGAUUGGUUCGAGGAAUUUUGUUUAAUUAUCUUUGGUAUUUAGUUAAAUAUAUGAGACAAGCCAAGUUUUUUUUUGGCUUAUUUGAGAACAUAACGCUUCCUAAUAAAAACUUAUCCUAUUUAAUAAAUUCAAGCAAUGAUGAAAAGAAGUAA